GAGGGAGGGAGCGAAGGAGGUAGAGAAGAGCGGAGGAGAGGGGAGGGAGCGCAGCUUGGUUGCUCCGUAGUACGGCGGCUCGCGAGGGAGAAUCCCGAGCGGGCUCCGGGACGCACGGGCAGGCGGGCAGGCGGGCGGGGAUGGUGUGCGGGGCUGCGGCUCCUGCGGCUCCUGCGUCCCUCCCCGCGGCGAGUAAGCUGCACUGAUUUGUCCCUGGGGCGGCAGCGCGGACCCGCCUGGAGAUGAGGCGUCGAUUAGCAAGGUAAAAGUGACAGAACCAUGGCUCAGUUUCUAACACCUUUCGGAGGCAGCCUGGAUAUCUGGGCGAUAACUGUAGAAGAAAGAGCGAAGCAUGAUCAACAGUUCCAUAGUUUAAAGCCAAUAUCUGGAUUUAUUACUGGUGAUCAAGCUAGAAACUUUUUUUUUCAAUCUGGGUUACCUCAACCUGUUUUAGCACAGAUAUGGGCACUAGCUGAUAUGAACAAUGAUGGACGAAUGGAUCAAGUAGAGUUUUCCAUAGCUAUGAAACUCAUCAAACUCAAGCUGCAAGGAUAUCAACUCCCUUCUGCACUUCCCCCUGUCAUGAAACAGCAACCCGUUGCUAUUUCUAGUGCACCAGCCUUUGGUAUAGGAGGUAUCGCCGGCAUGCCGCCGCUCGCAGCCGUCGCUUCAGUGCCAAUGGGACCCGUUCCAGUUGUGGGAAUGUCUCCACCUCUGGUAUCUUCUGUUCCUACAGCAGCAGUGCCUCCCCUGGCUAAUGGGACUCCCCCUGUCAUACAGCCUCUCCCUGCAUUUGCUCAUCCUGCAGCCACGUUGCCAAAGAGCUCUUCCUUUAGUAGAUCUGGUCCUGGGUCACAAUUAAACACUAAAUUACAGAAGGCGCAGUCAUUCGAUGUGGCUAGUGUCCCUCCCGUGGCAGAGUGGGCUGUCCCUCAGUCAUCCAGACUGAAGUACAGACAGUUAUUCAACAGUCAUGACAAAACUAUGAGUGGACACUUAACAGGUCCCCAAGCAAGAACUAUUCUUAUGCAAUCAAGUUUGCCACAGGCUCAGCUGGCUUCAAUAUGGAAUCUUUCUGACAUUGAUCAAGAUGGAAAACUCACAGCAGAAGAAUUUAUCUUGGCUAUGCACCUAAUUGAUGUCGCUAUGUCUGGCCAACCACUGCCACCUGUCCUGCCUCCAGAGUACAUUCCACCUUCCUUUAGACGAGUUCGAUCCGGCAGUGGUAUAUCUAUCAUCAGCUCAACGGCAGUCGAUCAGAGGUUACCAGAGGAACCGGUUUUAGAAGAUGAACAGCAACAACUAGAGAAGAAAUUACCUGUAACGUUUGAGGAUAAGAAGCGUGAGAAUUUCGAGCGCGGCAGUCUGGAGCUGGAGAAGCGGAGACAAGCGCUGUUGGAGCAACAGCGGAAGGAGCACGAGCGCCUGGCGCAGCUGGAGCGCGCUGAGCAGGAGCGGAAGGAGCGGGAGCGCCACGAGCAGGAGCGCAAGCGGCAGCUGGAGUUGGAGAAGCAGCUGGAAAAGCAGCGGGAACUGGAACGCCAGAGAGAGGAGGAGAGGAGGAAGGAAAUCGAGAGGCGCGAGGCUGCAAAGCGAGAACUUGAAAGGCAACGACAACUUGAAUGGGAACGGAAUCGAAGACAAGAACUACUCAAUCAAAGAAACAAAGAACAAGAAGACAUAGUUGUACUGAAAGCAAAGAAAAAGACUCUGGAAUUUGAAUUAGAAGCUCUAAAUGAUAAAAAGCAUCAACUAGAAGGAAAACUUCAAGAUAUCAGGUGUCGAUUGACCACACAAAGGCAAGAAAUCGAGAGUACAAACAAAUCAAGAGAGUUGAGAAUUGCUGAAAUCACCCACCUACAGCAACAAUUACAGGAGGCUCAGCAAAUGCUCGGAAGACUUAUUCCAGAAAAACAGAUACUCAAUGACCAACUCAAACAAGUUCAGCAGAACAGUUUGCACAGAGAUUCACUUCUUACACUCAAAAGAGCAUUAGAAGCAAAAGAGCUAGCUCGGCAGCAGCUACGAGACCAACUGGAUGAAGUUGAGAAAGAAACCAGAUCAAAACUACAGGAGAUUGAUAUUUUCAAUAAUCAGCUGAAGGAACUAAGAGAAAUACAUAAUAAGCAGCAACUGCAGAAACAGAAGUCCAUAGAGGCCGAACGUUUGAAACAGAAAGAACAAGAGCGAAAGAUCAUAGAAUUAGAAAAACAAAAAGAAGAAGCCCAAAGACGAGCUCAGGAGAGGGACAAGCAGUGGAUUGAGCAUGCGCAGCAGGACGAUGAGCAUCAGCGGCCAAGGAAGAUCCACGAUGAAGAAAAACUCAGAAGGGAGGAGAGUGUCAAGAAGAAGGACAGUGAGGAGAAAAGCAAACCAGACCCACAAGACAAGAUGAGCCGGCUUUUCCAUCAGCAUCAGGAACCAGCCAAGCCAGCUGUCCAGGCACCCUGGUCCACCACAGAAAAAGGCCCACUUACAAUUUCUGCACAGGAGAAUGUAAAGGUGGUGUAUUACCGAGCGCUCUAUCCCUUUGAAUCCAGAAGUCACGAUGAGAUCACGAUCCAGCCUGGAGACAUAGUCAUGGUGGACGAAAGCCAAACUGGAGAACCGGGCUGGCUUGGAGGAGAGUUAAAAGGAAAGACGGGCUGGUUCCCUGCAAACUAUGCAGAGAAAAUCCCAGAAAAUGAGGCUCCCGCUCCAGUCAAACCCGGGCCUGACCCAGCCUCUGUGCCUGCACCCAAACUGGCCGUGCGCGAGCCCCCCACCCCUGUGGCGGUGACCGCUCCAGAGCCCUCCACGACCCCCAACAACUGGGCUGACUUCAGCUCCACGUGGCCCACCAGCACGAGUGAGAAGCCGGAAACAGACAACUGGGACGCGUGGGCCGCCCAGCCCUCGCUCACCGUCCCAAGCGCUGGCCAGCUAAGGCAGAGAUCAGCAUUUACUCCAGCCACAACCACUGGCUCUUCUCCGUCUCCUGUCUUAGGCCAGGGCGAGAAGGUGGAGGGACUACAAGCCCAAGCCCUGUAUCCUUGGAGAGCCAAAAAAGACAACCACUUAAAUUUUAACAAAAAUGAUGUCAUCACCGUCCUGGAACAGCAAGACAUGUGGUGGUUUGGAGAAGUUCAGGGUCAGAAGGGUUGGUUCCCCAAGUCUUACGUGAAACUCAUUUCAGGGCCCAUACGGAAAUCUACAAGCAUGGAUUCUGGUUCUUCAGAAAGUCCUGCUAGUCUGAAGAGAGUAGCUUCGCCAGCAGCCAAGCCGGCCGUCUCAGGAGAAGAAUUUAUUGCCAUGUACACUUACGAGAGUUCUGAGCAAGGCGAUUUAACCUUUCAGCAAGGGGAUGUGAUUUUGGUUACCAAGAAAGAUGGUGACUGGUGGACAGGAACAGUGGGCGACAAGUCCGGAGUCUUCCCUUCUAACUAUGUGAGGCUUAAGGACUCAGAGGGCUCUGGAACUGCUGGGAAAACAGGGAGUUUAGGAAAAAAACCUGAAAUCGCGCAGGUUAUUGCCUGCUACACUGCCACUGGUCCCGAGCAGCUGACUCUGGCCCCUGGUCAGCUGAUUUUGAUCCGAAAAAAGAACCCAGGCGGUUGGUGGGAAGGAGAGCUGCAAGCACGUGGGAAGAAGCGCCAGAUAGGCUGGUUCCCCGCUAAUUACGUAAAACUUUUAAGCCCCGGGACAAGCAAAAUCACUCCAACGGAGCCCCCGAAGCCGAUGGCGUUCCCGGCAGUGUGCCAAGUGAUCGGCGUGUACGACUACAGCGCCCAGAACGACGAUGAACUGGCCUUCAGCAAGGGCCAGAUCAUCAACGUCCUCAACAAGGACGACCCCGACUGGUGGAGAGGAGAAGUCAACGGCCAGGUGGGGCUCUUCCCCUCCAACUACGUGAAGCUGACGGCGGACACGGACCCAAGCCAGCAAUAAUGGAAGCUCCAUGAAAGCAGGGACCCGCGCGCAUCUAUGCAGUUGCUGACACUGAGCAGGAAAUGUCCCGGGCUCAGGUGGUCUCUUGUGUUCCACGGGGUCAGUUUGCCAAGUUAGGAGAGACUGCAGGGGACCAGGCUCUUCUUAGAGCCUCGAGAAGAAAGUUCCGUUGGGAGGAGGAGCACGCCUGCCCCUCCGCACCGCCAGAGCUGGGUCCUGGGACUGGUCAGCCGAGGGUCCUCUUCAGACGACACGCAGCUGCCUGGACCCCAGCCUGGCUGCCGCCCACCCCUGCCAGCCCUGGGCGCCAAAGACAAGAGCGUCCUCGCAGCGGGGCAUGGGGAUGAGCCACCCUGGGCCCACUCUUUGAGAAGCUGGCGGUUUCCUUGCGAGUCUCCGUCUCCCAAGACAGCAAGAGUGCAGGCUGUAUUCCUGCUAGCAGAAGUCACCGUGCCUCUCUGGUCGCUGCUGUCCCGUCGACAUGACGGGGGCACUGAGCAGAGUGACCUCCUGAGCUCUGGCCCGAGCGUGAGGGGUCCGGCAGGGGCAGCGUGCCUCCAGGAACACGGCGUCGGAGGCCAUCUGGGCUCCGGGCCCUAGACGGAGGGACGGCAUUCCGGGUCACAGCCUUCAUUUCCCUUUGGACGGUGACCCGCCUCGGUCUGGAAUCGGUUCAGCCGUUGUGACAACUCUCCUGCUACGGGAGCCUGGACGGAUCUAGUUUCUGAGCCUUGCUCCCUUUCUUGCUUUCUGGGCAGGCUUCCGAUGCAGCGGUCCUCACUCUUGGCUGCACGUUGGAGCUAUUGGGAAGCUUCACGACUUAGGGAUGCCCAGGCCGCACCCCGGCCAGGCGGAUUUGACUGGUCCAGGGGACCACAGGGAUGCUGGGCUUUAUAAAAGCCCCUCAGGUGAUUCCCAUGUGCAGCCCGACUCUGGGGCCACAGCCCGCACCCCACCCCCAUGCAUCUGCCUCGGGGACCCUUCUGCAACACAGCCCAAGCCUCUCCCGGCUCCACCACCAAAGACCAUCUCGCCCUGCUGUUCAGACUCCUUGACCAUGCUUUCCCACCUGGGCUGACCUGUGGCCCCAACCCCCAGACUGAAGAGUUGAAGGCCCUUACCCCCAGGCCCCCAGAAUAUGACUGUAUAUGGAGAUGGACCCUUUAUGAGGUCAUCAAGCUGAGGCUGUUAUGGGGGCCCCACGCCAAUCUGACUGGUGUCCUUAACGAGAAGAGGAGAUUUGGACACAGAGAUUCACCAGGGGGACGAUUUUGUACUGAGGAAAGGCCGUGUGAGGAGAACAUGGCCAUCUGCCCGCGAAGGAGAGAGGCCUCAGAAGAAACCAGCCCUUCAGGCACCUUGACCUUGGCCUUGCUGCCUCCGGAGCUGGGAGACUCCAUUUCUCUCCUCUGUGCACCCCCACCCCCCCUCAGCCCCUGGAGCUUUGUUACAGCAGCUCUGGUGGAUGAAUAUGUCACCUUCCCAGCAAGGCGGGAGGCAUGGUGGCCCAGAGCGGAAGCUCCCGGUACGACUCCCUCCGCUGUUGAUUAACCGAGGCUUUGGCAAGGUACUUCUCCGUGCUUCAGUCGUCCUGUCUGUUCAAUGGGAAACUAACAGCAGUACCUACCACACAGGAUGGUUGGUGAGGACUCAGUGAGGUCACGAGCAUACGGUGCUUGGAAGCGUGUGGCCUGUGGGAGCAUCCAGCGUGGCUCUCCUUCCACCCUGUUACCCCCGCAUCUGCGUCCCCCACCCCGGGUCUGGGGCUCCGGGCAUCCUGCUCUUCCUCCCCUUUUCUCUGCCCACUCCCUCUGCUUGGCUCCCUCUCUCCUUCUUCCCACCCUGACGGAGCCCAGCUCAAAUUCCUGCUCCUCUGGAAUGUAUUCCGCGGUCCCUCUGGUCCAAACUACUGCCUCACAUUCCAAUAAAAAUGUGUCUGUA